AUGUUUGUUCAUUAUCCUCUUUUUUUUACUGAUGAAGAAAUUAUCAGAGCAGUGGAGCCAAAUCCUGAGGUUGACGAUUCUGAUGAAAAGGAAGAAGUGGAAAUGAUGAUUAUUUCUGAUAAAGAGGCAUUAAAUAGUUUAGAAAAAAUCUAUUUUUUUCAUGAAGGAAUUUGUUCAACAAAUUUACUUGUUCCUGUUAUAUUAGCAGAAUCUAACGGUAAUGAUAAUCUACUGACAACAUUUCUUAUAGAAUUUAUUAUACUUGAGGCUCUUGAAGAACUUAGAGAUAGAGAUCUAUUACUAGUUUGUCUUUCAUGUGAAUUACCAGUUUCUUUUUGUUGUCUCUCUUCAAGUGAAUCAGUAUCUGGUAAUUCGAAUUUUUGCAUACAUUUUGAUCUACGCCUUGCCACAAUUAAAAUAAUUAUACUUGCUGCUAUAGCAGCUGCAAUUACGCCGCCUAUUAUUGGCCCUAAUAUUUUACUAUUUAAAGGGUCAUUUUCAUAUUUUGUCGUCGAUGUGGUUUCUGUUUCUUUGGUUGGACCACCAUCACUAGUGCCAUUACCAGAUUCAUCUGUGGUGGUUGUAGCCGUAGGCACGUAUGUCGUGAACAUUGUUGAUGAAGCAUUAGGAUCAGAUGGUGGUAGUGGCGGCCCUGGAUUCUUUGGAUUAUUCGGAUCCGGUGGAUUGUUUGGAUUAUUUGGAUCCGGUGGAUUUGGAUUAUUUGGAUUUGGUGGAUUUGGAUUAUUUGGAUUUGGUGGAUUUGGAUUAUUUGGAUUCGGUGGAUUUGGAUUAUUUGGAUUCGGUGGAUUUGGAUUAUUUGGAUUCG